CAUACGAGAUUUUGCGUGGCUUUGCUUAUGAUCAGUGAUCAGAGCUGUCUUGUAGCUGAAAGAUAAUUUUCGCUGCGAUCGGACGGUUUUUCCUUAAAUUUAAAAAUGACGAUUUACACUUCAAAACGUGUGGAUAAGAAAGCUGAUAAAAAUGAGCUGGAGGCUGAGGAGAUUUUGGACGCUUUAGCAGAAAAGCAAUUAUUGGCUAAACAGAAUGAGGAUGCUCCAAAAGUUCAUGCCCAUAUUGUACGAAUCUCGGACGACCUGAUUCGAAGAAGACGAAUGGCUUUAAGAUUGGUCGUAAUUAGCGCGGCAAUUGUGUGCUCUGUCGUUGCCGUUUUCGGAGGAGUUUAUUUGUAUUGGCGCAUGUCACACGGGACAUUUAAAGGAUACUACGGCGUGCAAUACUAUUCUGAAGAAUUUAAAGAAAAUCAACACAUUUCUCAUCAGUCGCAGAAAAUGUUGUCAGCAAAUCAGAUGAGAAAUCCUCAUCGUCUCGAGGAACAUAUUGAAAUUGAUAAGGCUACGGGAGCUUUCGAGAAAAUUGAAAUACCUCAUUUUGAAGCUUUUCGACAGGCAACCAUUUUACAUGAUUUUGAAAAGAAUCUAACGGCGAUCGUCGACAAGAAAGUGCACAGAUGUUUUAUAAUGUCACUUGAUAGACGAAGCGUGAAACCGCCUAAGGAUUUCUGGGACCUACUUCGAAAAGCAAAGCAAGGGUAUUACUUGCCCAAAGCCUCUAUGGUCAGGAGAAAAUUUAGAGUUUCUCAACAUCCAAUAAAGGAUGUUCACAAACUUGGAUACUACAUUUGGAGAGAAUGUAAGGACAAUUUUGCGACUUAUCGACUGAAACCUUAUGGCUUACCCUACGCUUUGUCGAAGAGAUCUGUUUCAAAUCGCAUGGAAUAUUUCUCUGGUUCUGCCGGAACAGACGUAGUUAUAGCUUUUACUAUAUUACUUUAAUGAGAUAUAUUGGAAACUACUAAGAAACCUACAGUUGACUUAUGUGUAUAAGUAUGCACAUAUCUAUAUAUAUAUAUAUAUAAUGUAGUACAUAUGUAUGAUAUAUAUAUAUAUAUAUAUUUAUAUAUAUAUAUAGUACAUAUGUAUAUUUUUAACCUUUAAACAGUGUAUAUAAAGUAUAUGGUACAUGCCAAUGUACUUAUACUGUACACAAAAACAGUGUAAAAAAAUUUAUUUAAUAUAUACUUUAUAAAACGCUUUACAUUUUUAAUUUUCAAAAAAAUCAAAUCUUAAUACUCUGAUUUAAGGAGAACAGUUGCUAAAUAAGCAUAUUAAAUAGCUAUAUAUAUAAUAUAUAUAUAUAUAUAUAUAGCUUCAUAAAAGAAUUUGCUUUUUUCGUCGUUUUUAUGGUAACAAUUAAAAAACGAUGUUAGUUAAAAGCAAGAAAAAAAAAUUGCUAAUUAAGUUGUAUAUAUACAUAUACUGUAUUCUAUAGGAAUAUGCAUAAAUAUAUAGUGUUAUAUUUAAAUAUUAAAAAUGUAUAAUUUAUAUAUUUUCGUAUAUAUAUAUAUAUUACAUAUAUAUGUAUAUAUAAAUAGUUUAUUGUCUGAUAUAGCCGUUUUUCAUCUUUAUUUUGUUUAAAUUGACAAGUCGAUUCAGAACGUUUUCCACCGCCUGUUAUGCACAUAAACGUAGUUUUGUCUCUGCGUAAUGUAAAUUUCAGAUUUUGGUGUUAUAAAAAUAAAAUAAAAUUAAAAAAAUGUGUUUCGCCUUCCUGACAUUACCGAUUCGGAAGUUUUUAUAAUGCUUUCAGCCUCAUAUUGGCAUCCUAUCCCUAAUUAGAAUAUCUUAUAGGUCGAUUAUACCGUCUGGAUGCCUUAUUGAUUAUUCAAAUUAUCAUCUUCUCUUUUUGUUUUCUUACGGUUUUAUUUUACUAUUUUGAUUUUAUAUUUUAAAAAUAAAUAAAUCGGAAGACAGUACUAUAUAAC